AUGGAUGUCAAAAUGGGCACGGCAGAAUCGUCUCAAUCGUCCGAAAUGGGUGCCAUUGUUGGACUUAAUAAUCAAUCAUUAUAUCAGCGACAAUCACCCAAUGUUGCACGUUUAAUACGUAGUGAAAAUUCACCAAAAAUGGAAUACGAAUUUCCAAUAUCGGAAACUUCUACUGCCACUUCCUUACAUCAUCAUCAUCAUCAUCAACAUCAUCAUCAUGGUGAUAGUGGUACUAGUAAUCAUUCUAUAAUACCCGAAAAUAUUAAUAAUCGUCAUGGUCAUUCACCUUCACAUCAUAGAAAUUAUGACAAUAUAACAAAACAUAGAAAAAUGCAUUCAAAUCAAACAUCAAAUAUAUGGUUAACAUUAACAAGUUGUUUUGGUUGUCGUAGACGUAAUUCGAGUAAUUCAUCAAUGAAUUCUUUACGUGAUAAAGUACAUGCUAUACGUAUUGUUCGUGCAUCGAAUGAUCUAACACCAGCUGUAUUUGAUUCACAUUAUAAUAUAAUAACACUUGAACAAUUACGUGAAUGUGAUAAUACAGCAAGUGGAAAUAUAAAUUCAUUACCAAAUGAUACAUCUGAUUCAUUACCAUCACAAAAUGUUGAUCCUGGUAUACCUACUCAAAAUGGUAAUGGAUCAGUAACAGCAUCAGCACAAUCAUCAUCAUCAUCAAAAAGAGAUAAUAAUCAUCGAAUGAAAAGAAAAAAGAAAAAACGAGCUGCGGCAACAACAGCUUCUUCAUCUAAAACUACAUAUUCUGAUGAUGAUGAUGAUGAAGGAUCUGAGCGGACGUAA